AUGGAACUUCAAAAGUAAGUGAAUUUUUAAUAAUUAAAAUUGUUUUAUAAUGUAAAAUUGAAGUUUCUAACUGAUCCUUGGUAAAGAAAUGUGAGAUUUUAUUAUUUUUGAUAGAUCGUUUAGUUUUUAUGUGCAAUUUAGGUUUUUAAGGGUCAAAACUGUUGUUUUUCGACCUAAAAACGGCUAAAAGUGACGUUAUUCCUUGUUUUCUUUUAACUUUUUGAGGCUUAUACUAGGUAUAAGUUUAUAAUAUCGUUUUUGUUUAUAUGUUAAGUUAAUUUUCUUUUAUUUCAGCUUAUUUGCAUGUGAUCUUUUGGACCAUAUUAUCAAAAAUGGAACUAAAAAGUAAGUUUUUUCAUCUUUGUUAAAUUUUUAGGUAAAUGUUCAAAGUUACAAAACAAAAAUGGCAUUAACUUUCCCUAAUUGUAUUAAAUAUUUUAACGUUUUAGCGUAUCGAUGUUAAAAACUCGUCUGGACGUGCCAAUCGCGGCCCCAUUACCUCCGAAGGACUUGGUAUAUUCUCCGAAGGUCUUCCUUGGUGGACUGCCGGUUGACUGUUCCAGCUCUCACUUGUAUCAAGCAGUUCGGGCUUAUGGUGAUGUCGAUAUUGUGUGGCCAAGCGGUGGUGGAGGUAUGUUUUUACAGAUUUUGUGUUGAGUUUUAGGUUGAAUUUGUAUAAGGAAUGGGAUUUUUGGCAUGGAAAAGGCAAAUGGCAGGAACUUUCUUUACAAAUUAAAAAAUUACAAAAACUUUCUUUACCAAACAUGAAAUGAAAAUAAAAUUCUCCACAACCCAAAAAAUGACAUAUUAUUCAUAAUAAUUUACUGAUUUCAGCCAGAAACGGCGGAGGUUACUGCUUCCUGAUUUUUGCUGACGAACGAUCGGUGAAUGCCUUGGUCAAGGACUGUAAAAGCAAUGAUGAUGGUUACUUCAAGUCCUUCCAACUUGGCCAAAACCGAUUCGUCCAAGUUCAGGUUCGGCCAUGGCUUUUGGCGGAUGGGGAUUACGUUCCAAAUGGCAAUAUGAAGAUCGACGCUAGACUUACAGUCUUUGUGGGCGGAGUUCCACGAACUGUCAGAGCUGGUAAGUUGGAUGUUUUUUGGUUUUCUUUAGUUUUAGGUGAUAAAAGACGUGUUUUUGAAUUUUAGGUAAUAAAGACCACAUUUUCAAAAUUUAAAACAUGUUUUUAAUGAAAAAAGUGCAUUAAAUUUUUUUACAAAGCAAAAACUGGCAAGAACUUUCUUUACAAAACAAAAAUAACAUGUUUUCUUUCAGUCGAUAUUGCCAAAGCCAUGGCAUCCUUCGGAGCAGUUGCCUAUGCCGGAAUCGACGUUGACGCCGGCCAUUCCUAUCCAAAAGGCGCAGCGCGCAUCUCAUUUGUCUCCGCCGCCAGUUACAUUCAUGCGAUGGGAUCGAAGAUUGUUCAGAUCGAAGUGAAAGGCGAGAACAAGACCUUACAACUGAAGCCUUACCUCACCGAAGACGCGGAAUGUGAGGAAUGCUCAGGAGAACAUGUGAUCCCAAAAGCUGGUCGAUACUUUUGUGCCGAAGUGUCGUGCUUGAGCUACUAUUGUCAACAGUGCUGGACAAACGUACACUUCGACAAGACGCUGGUGGACAGAAAGAGACAUCUGGCUUAUGUUCGUCAUGGUGACAUGGUCAAGGUAAGUUUUAAUGAGGUUUUGAUUUUUAGGUAACAUUUUGGAGGAAUCAAUGUUAUUUUAUGUUGUGGAAAGAAAGUUCUUGUUAUUUUUUGGUUUGUAAAGAAAGUUCUUGCCAGUUUCUGUUUGGUAAAUUAAGUUUUUGCUUUUUAGACCGUUCGAGUCCAACCAGACGAAAUGGACCGCUACUGA